AUGACACCCCUCCUUCUCAUUCAACUCUAUUACUCACUCUUCAUUUACCCCAUCCUCAUACUCGUUCUGAUAUACCUUUUCAACAAGUCCAUAAUUCAAGUGAGAACCAAUGAAGUGGUAUGUGUGGAACGAUUGGGUCAAUUCUCUCGCACAUUGAAUGCAGGUUUGCACUUUAUUCUUCCGUUUGUGGAAGAAGUCAAAUGGGUGCGUUGGGUACACACUGUUGAAAAUUCCUUUUCACACAAGACAGAGUUGAAAGUUGAAGAAAUGUAUCGAAUUCCUACACAGGAGAUUUUAUUUGAUUUUCCAACAUUGAAUGUGACAACCAAAGAUCGAAUUGCAGCUGAUGUGAAUGGUAUCAUGUUCUUCCGUAUUCAAAAUCCUUAUAAGGCAGUGUAUGAAAUUUCAGACUUGUAUCAAUCGAUCGAGCAAUUAAUUUAUACCUCACUCAGAGAUGCCAUUUCUAAAAUUACUCUCGAUGAAGCCAUUGAGGGUAAAUCAAAAAUCAAAGACUCCAUCUCUGAAGAUUUCAAAUCACUUGAAGAAUCAUGGGGCGUGAAAUUAACAAAGUUCGACAUUCAGUCCAUUGAAGCACCUUCCUCUAUCGCUAAGAGUAUUGAAAAACUAGUAGCAGCCCAGAGAGAGGCGCAAGCUGAAUUAGAAAAGACUCGUUCCUUGCAACAAGCAAAAUUACUUAAAAUUCAAACUGAGCAAGAAAUUGAACUGUUGGCUUGUGACACUGCCAACAAGAAAAAACUCAACGAUUCACAAACAGAAACUGAAAUUGCAAAACAAAAGGCGGAAUCAGAAUCGAUGGCAAUUCGAUUGAAAGCUGAAUCUGAAGCUCUCUACUUGUCAAAAAUUCUUUCAGUCCAUGGCAUUGACCAAUCUUAUUUAAUUCAAAAAGAAUAUACCAAAGCAGUGGAACACUUGUCACAGUCUGGAAAUAAGGUCAUUGUUAUUCCCAUGGAAAGUGCCAAGUAUUUUGGAAUGGCCUCUACUUUGAAUACUGCUUCAACCAUUUCUUCAACUUUUGGAACUAACAAAACUGGCAGCAAUGUUGGAAUGCUUCCUGAAGCUACAUUCGAUGAUAUGGUUCAAUAA